AUGGAUGCUCCGAACGAAGACUUUCAAACAAACAACGUUGAAUUCGGCCAGGAAUGUCUCGGCUACGGCAACCUAUUCCGCUGGGUUGGAGCUGUGGCUUCGCACGGUAAGAGGGCCGGUCACAAAACUUGGGUAGACGAUCCCGCUGUGGUUAACCAUUCGUUGUCUCCUUCACCUAUUGGCUUCUCGUCGACGGCCUGGUUGCCAGAGUACGGAGCGCCACAGCCACAGCCACAACCACAGCACGGAGCGCUACAACAUGGAGAGCUACACUAUGGGACCGAUAUCCCCGCCCUGCAGUUCGACUGUUGGCCAGCAAACUUGUGUGCUCGGCCUUCCCAACCGCAUGGCACAUACUCAUCUCCGCUACCAUGGGAACCACCAGCGAUGACGCCGCCUAUGGCCUCGACCAGCCCUGUUGCUCUUCGUAGUCUAGACGACUUUAUGUCAUCAGCCUCACCGACAGCUUCAUCUGUAGCUCCUAGCAGCGAUGGAAAUGUGGAUUUCGCAUUCUCCAACAGCCUCACGUUGCAUCGCCUCCUUGACCCAACUGUCCAGGACUAUAAUCCUUCGACAAGGUACUAUCUAAACUACUUCUCUGAACGGGUCGCCAAAGACCUCGUAGUAUAUGAUAUCCCCAAGAACCCUUUCCGCAGUGCAGUGCAGAUAUGCCGCCCACAUGGAUCCCUCCUGUAUGUCAUUGUCGCCUUGGCUGCAGUUCACCGCGCUUCCUUCUUUCGCUCUCGUGGGCUUCCUACUCAGCGGUGUUUGUAUGAUGCGCUCUUGGCCAAACAGACGGCGCUUACACAGGUCAAGAGGGGCGUCGCCAACCUGGAAAAUGACAAGGAUUCGAGUGACGUUCUUACGGCCGUAGUCUUUUUUAUAAAUUUUGGCCUCAUCGACUCUGGCCGCGAUUCGUGGAAGGUGCACAUUGUGGCCGCGGGCAGGCUUAUGAAAAUGCUGCAGCAAAGAUCGACGGUAGAUGCGGACUCGUCUAUAUUGGCGCUUAGAGACUAUGUCAUGGGAGACUGCUUGACAUACUUCAUACUCGGCUCGACGCUCAACUCGUGGGAUGGGACAGGCGCUGAAGAGGUCUACGGUUCCCUCGACAUCAACUCGAUAAUGGAGCGCGCAGAGACCAAUGCUUACCACUCAAUCCCUAGCAAGAUCUUGGCCAUUAUCCUACGCUCGACGCAACUGGCUGCCCAAAUACAACAGAACGGAGGAAUAGUCUCACAGCAGCAACUCGAAGAAGCAAAAGGCCUGAUGGGGCUUCUCCAUACUUUUGAUACUCGUGGCUGGGCUACCCAUAUAUCCACAGCAAGUGGUGGCGCUCCCGAUAACCCCGAAUCCCGCGAGCACAUGGCGUCGGCGCACCGAGCAGCUGCAUGUGCCUACCUAUCGAUGGCAAUCCCCGGCUCUUUUAGCGGGCAUGGAAAUUUUGCGGCCGACAUAUACUCGCAUCUGCAGUUCGUGACUGAGGCCGACAUGCUCUUCAAAGGUAGCGUAUGGCCAACUUUCAUAUUGGGCGCGCAGACCGCGGACCAGGGGAUCAGGACUUGGGUUGAACGCCGGCUACAGGCAUGCUGGCAAUCAACGUGCCCCUGGGGUUAUGUGAAAACCGCACUCGAGAUACUCCAGGCGCUGUGGCUAUUCCAAGAAGGACUAGAUUCCACAACCUCAACGGACUGGCCCUCGCCACGUGAAGAUGGCGGAAUCAAAAGGUGGAAUUGGCUUUCUCAGCUGAAGAUGCUGGACGUGGAAUAUCUGGUCGUCUAA